AUAUUAUGCUUUAAGCCAGAUAAAAGUAUCGUUAACUAUUUUGUAUUUUAUUAAACUACGAAAAUGUGUAAUGUUGAACAAAUAGCAGACUGUGGUGAUAUAUUAAGUUUAGGAAGAGCAUUAUUUAUUGUUGAAAAAGAUGAUACUUCUUGGUUGUCUCAAUGUUUAGUAUCACUAUCUUCAUGUGGUAGCUUUCUUGCUGUUGGAUAUAAAAAUCGUCUUUGUUUUCUCACCGCCCAAUGGAUAAGCUCGAUAGAAAGCAAUUCUUAUCUUAUAUCAUGGAGUGGCACACUUCCUUCUGAAAUAACAUCGGUGUUAUCAGUUUCUCUAUGUCCAACACAGCAAUCAUCUCAGAACGGACCAGAUUGGUUUUGUGUUAUAGUAGGAUUUGUUAAUGGUAGUGUUGGGUUCUACACUAAUACAGGACAUUUAUUAUUGCUUGAGAAAUUAGAAGAGAAACCUGUCAUGAAAAUAUCAUGUCACACUGGUACCUAUGGAACUUUGCCUGAUGAUAUUCACAUUUUAUUCCAACAUUGUGUGUAUAUUAUAUCUGGUUCUAGUUUAUUUCCCAGCCUUAGAAAUGCAAAGGCUCAACUUGCAAAAGUACAUGCAGGUAUUCAAGAAGACUAUGCAGUGGACAGCAAAAACAUAUCUAUCCGGAAAUGGUCAUUCACAGACCAGGAGACUAUUACAGAUGCUACAGUUGUUGGACUUGAACUGAAAAAUACAUAUGAUCAUUUACUUGCUGCUUCAACUUAUGGAGGAUAUGAUAUAUGGUACCGCUCAGUGCCACCAGUCAACACUUUAAUAUCAGCAACUGGACACACACCAUAUUUGGGAUUUCAUUAUGCUAUUGAAGGUGGUACCACACCACCACUUCAAGAUGUUGCCCGUGCUGUAGCCAAUAAAAUUAAAUCAGCCCUUCCUGGCUGGCUUGGUGGUUCUACUGAAAGUGCCACUCCUAGUACUGAACCACUUAUUCGAGCCGAAGCCUUGACAAUGCGUAACGGUUUAUAUGAUGCACAGCGUCACGGAACAUCCGUUGUCGUGUCUCCAGAUCGACGACUUGCUGCUGUUACUGAUAAUUUGGGUAGAGUUUCUGUCUUGGAUGUUAAUAAAGGCUAUCUAAUAAGAUUGUUCAAAGGAUGCAGAGAUGCUCAAUGCGCCUUUAUCCAACUAUUUGACUCGGACAACAAAAAGCCACAACUAUCUGUCGUCAAAGAUAUAAAAAGAGCAGUCUUUCUUAUUAUAUACAACCCUAAAAAGGGUCUCAUAGAUAUAAGAUUAAUGCAAAGAGGGAAUAGAGUAGCAGUAUUUACUGCUACAAAGAAUGGUAAACUUUUAUAUAACACAUGUGGUUUAGUAGGAGCGGAAAAGAACUAUUCUCAUAAAAAAUUAAACCUGCCUGAAUUUCAAUGUGUUUUAAUAGAUCCAGAUGGAAAACUUAAAAAAUUCAACAUUCCAUUCUAUUAUUCUCUAGAAGGAGAACAUUUGGAACGGUCCAAAGAUUUGCAUAUCUUACGUAAUAUAAGAGAUCUUUUAAAAAAAGGAUGUCACGAUGAAGAAGAAAAAAUUGAAAUCAUAAAAAGUAUUUCAAGUUUGAAGACACUUGAAAUUAAAAAGCACUGCAUUGAAUUGUUGAUAAAAUCCUAUGAAAUAUCUAGCGACAUAGUUAUAGAAUGUUUGGAAAUAUUUUGGGACAGCUUGUGCUCUCAAGAAAAAAGUAAAUUGGAUCAAAAAGUUAAAAACUAUUUUAGUAACAUAGUAUUGGUUACAUUAUUCUAUAAGAAUAUAAAAGGUGAUAAUACGGAAGAUAUGAAGAACUUGGCUAACAAAAUAUAUAAGUCAUAUGGACUGGAUGUGAAUAUUGAUAGUGAUAUCGAUCAAAAAGAUCUCAGAUCAGCUGAUGAAGAUGAUACAUUCGAGUUUCAUCUUGUGGAAGAUGACAGCUGCGUAUUAGAACGAUUAUUGAUACUUGCCCAAGAAAAAGAAUACAAAGAGUACCAACACGCAAAAGUUACUUUUGCGGAUAAAGGGAACAAUUCUUAUAAAGAAUUUAUAUCUAUGUUUAAUUUUGAUGAAAAGGCCAAAUGUAUUGUAUUAAAAUCAGAUUUAUCCGAGGACAAAGUAUGUGUUUUGGCAUCAGAUAUUUUUAAGUCUAUUCUAAAACUGAAGAAUGUUGCCGAUUUAAAAGUUUUUCUUAAACAUAGUGUUAUAGAUCCUAAAGAUCUUGUUAAACUUGUUAUAACUCAUUUGAUGAAUAUGCCACUUGAAGACUUUAAUAUAGAGCUAAUAGAAAAGAUCAUUGAAAUAGUAUAUUACAUUUGCAGCAGUUCAGAAGAAGCUACAAAAAUUACUUAUAACGAAAUAUCCUUGUGGUGGGAAGACUUACGAACUAUAUUAAUAAAUAUGUCGUGUCCCUUGAGAAGUAUGAUAAUAGCAAUGGCCUGUAAGGCAGUUGUAAAUAUAUUUGAAACUAACGUCGUCGAUAAAGAUGAUUGGGAAUCAGUUACUGCAGAAAAUGCAAAGUGGGGCAUUUUGAUCGGUAAACUGGAAGACAUCUCUAUCCUAAGCAUUAUUCUUAUUUUCAAAGAUUCCUAUGUUGGCGAAUCUACGACAAAACUAAAACUUGAGAAUAUUAAUGUGAACUUAAAAUACAUAUAUACCAGAGGAAAAGGAUCAGUAACGGAAUUGAUAGCUAAGUGGUUAUGUAGUAUGGGAGUCCCACCACAAGCUAUUGUAGUCAAUGAAUUAAUGGAAGUAUUUGAUGUGUCUGCUAGUUCUGAAAUGUGUGAUACGAUAGGCCAAGAUCAGUCUUUGUAUGUGUUUAUGGAAAACAACAGACAUUGUGUUGAUAAAAAUCCUAAAAUAUUUAAAUGGUUAUCACUUCUUAGACGUCAAUUUCCAUUGAGUACUAAAUCGGACUAUAUUAUUGCAAAUAUGUGUUGGGAAUAUGCUGUUGAAUGGCAAAAAGCUAUGAAACAAACUGAAGAAUUGUCUGCUGUACUGAACUGUCUUGACCACAUCACCAAUUUGCACUUACGAUUAGGGCUUUUUUCGAUUACAUGGUGUACCUAUUUUAAACAGAUUUUUGAACUUAGUUGUCGUUUAGUAAAUAAGGUUGGCAAAUUGCCAAAAGAUCAUCUUUGUUCCCAAGACCUGGGGUUAAACAGUGAAAGUUUAAUCAAAUUUCUUAAAAACAUGACGUUAUUUUUAGAAAAUUUUUACCAAUGUUCUACUUCUUUAGUCAACCAUGACAAAGAACCAAUACAAUUCGAAAAAAUUUGGGAUGAAAGUUUACCUUCUUUGGUAGAAGUAGCCCAAGAUACCAACAAUGUUAACAGUAGUGUGUUAAAACUGUUACACCAAAUGUCCUGUACAAUAUACUAUCAAUGUUAUUUUAAUUUGAAAAUAUCGAAGCCCUUGGAUACGUUAUAUGAUGUUGAUUAUCAGAGUUUACUUGAAGCUUUAGCUGCUAAUACUCAAAAAGUAUUCUCUACAAAACCAUCCGAAAAAUUAUUGAACCCUAGAAUGAAAUAUCUGACAAAACUGAUUCGAAUUGCAAUUGAAACUAUUAGUUGUAUCGACAGUGACGAAAUUAAUCAAAUAUACAAUGAUAGCGAAUGUUUAAAAUGGAUUGAUAACAUAUCUAGUUUGGCUGAGUCUUGGGAAGUGGACAAAAGUUUCGUACAACGGCAAUAUAUUAUCGGAUUGUAUCAUUCAGGUUAUGACAGCCUCGCAGAAAAUAUUUUGGUUUUAAUAAAUGAACCAGAAUCCGUGUUACCACCUAUUCUUGCUAUUACGAUACAAAGGCUGAAGAAAAGUCUUGAAAAUUCUUCCAAUCAGGCAGAGUGGAUUGUUUCAAUGCCCCCACAACUAUAUAAACGCAUGCAGAACACGCCUCCAGACCCUUCGGUACCUUCGAAUCCAUCUCUAACAUCAACGGUAUCUCUCUUGCAAAAUAUUUUAAUACAAAUAGAUAAGAAGUCGUCGGAAGCAAAAAUUGAUGUUCAAGAUUUGAAAUUCAUCAAACUUCUUAUUGACAGCUGUGAAAUUAUAAUACGACGCAAGUUAUAAGUAUUACUUAUAUAGGUAUAUACAUGCUACUGAUACUGAUACCAUAUCGUUACCUACAACUGUACAAGUCGCGUCAAGUAAAAAGAACGCUGACGGAUGGCUGCGCAUUGGCGAUUUAUCGGUCUAUUUGGUGUUAUGAGGUGGUUAUAAGAAUAAUAAAUAGGUAAAUGCGAAGCCACGAUUCGCGAGCCUAGUUCAAAAAUAAAAUAAUCGGCACAUAGCUUUCGUGCAAAACUCGAUCCAUGCGCAAACACACCCCAUCA